AUGAGUGUUUGGAUUGAUCUAGCAAAGUAUCUCUUCGCCCGCCUGUACCAACUCGGCGUCGGAUCGGUACAUGGUGUACCAGGCGAUUUCAAUCUCACAAUUCUUGACUAUAUCGAGCCCUCAGGUCUCAAUUGGGUGGGGAACGCCAAUGAGCUCAACGCUGGAUACGCUGCUGAUGGAUACGCGAGGAUCAAAGGCAUUUCAGCUGUCAUCACAACCUUUGGCGUUGGCGAACUGUCGGCUAUUAAUGCGAUCGGCGGAGCGUAUGCUGAGAUGUCUCCUGUGGUGCAUAUCGUCGGCACACCCUCUACUGCCAUACAAGAUGCUAGCACUUGUAUCCAUCAUUCACUCGGUAAUGGCGACUUGAGAAUAUUUUCACGGAUGUACAAGAACGUCACCAUCGCGCAGACCAAUCUGAGAGAUGCUGAGACUGCCCCAGAGCAGAUCGACUCUGCGCUAAGACAAUGCAUACUCAAGAGCCGACCCGUGUACAUCGAGCUUCCGACUGACAUGGUCACUACUCAAGUACCAGCUUCUCUCCUCAAAUCACCUAUAGACCUUGGUCUCACAACAGAGAAAGGCUUCAAUGAUGCCGAGAUCAACGCUAUCAUUGAUAGGAUAUAUGCCUCUAAACAACCAUUCAUUAUUGUAGAUGGUUUUGCUUCACGCUACGGUAUCGCAUCAGAAGUAAACGAGCUUGUGCGUGUCACUGGUUUUCCUACCGCAACAACACCCUUUGGGAAGGGAAUCGUCAAUGAGACGUAUCCAAACUUCCACGGAGUAUACGAAGGCGUGAUAGGAAAGAAUGUACCUAUGCCGUGGUUUGAUAGCUGCGACCUUAUACUUCGGAUAGCACCACUGAACAGCAACGUGAAUACCCUGAAUUUCAGUACUAUUCCUGAGGCAGAAAGAACAAUCACCUUCAACAAAGACUCAAUUGACCUUUGUAAUACCACGACAUUCAGCAACGUGCAUAUGAAGUCUGUGUUCCAAGCUGUCCUGGACCGAAUCGUCCCGCAGAAGCUCUGGCAGUACAAGCCGUAUCCGGAGCAACUGGUUCAUCCGCUGCAGGAGCUCAAGGCACUCGCAGCGCCGGCAUCCGAAAGUCCUAUAGAUCAAUGCACCUUCUACCGCCGCAUCUCAAGCUUCUUCAGGCCUCACGACAUCAUUUUAGCAGAGACAGGCACAGCAUCGAUAGGCUCAAGAGAGUUCGUCCUCCCCGAGAAGACGCAAUUGCAUAAUAGUAGCAUUUGGCUCAGCAUUGGGUUCAUGUUGCCCGCGGCCCAAGGUGUGGCACUUGCGCAACGUGAGCUUAGUGCCUCAAGCAAAUGCUUCUCUGGACGGACGAUUCUCUUCGAAGGCGAUGGUUCCUUACAAAUGACUGCACAGGCUAUCUCGGACAUCAUUCGAAAUCGCUUAGAUGUCACAAUCUUCCUUCUAAACAACGAUGGCUACACAAUUGAGCGCCUCAUCCACGGUAUGAGAGCACAUUACAACGAUGUCCAGGCAUGGCGGUAUCUGCAAUCGGCCAGUUACUUUGGCGCGCCUGAGAAUGAUGAACUAUACCCAGUCACAACGAGGAGGGUGGAAAAUUGGGGACAGUUGAUGGACCUGAUCCAGGACCAGGAGUUUGGAAAUGGAAAGGGGUUCAGGAUGGCAGAGAUUCUUAUGGAAAAGGAGGAUGCGGUAGAGAGUCUCAAGAUUUUGGUGAACAAGGUGAAGGAGUAG